AGUCAGAGAAGCCCCAAACCUGGAUCCUGAGGCCUAUUCCAACGAGUUUGACACAGAUUUCAGUGAGCCAUUUACAUUGCAGUGACAACUAGAACAUCUCUGGCCAUGGAAAGACAACGCUUAAAGAAGGAGAUUGAAAAACUCCUGAGUGAUUAUGUUGGCAUCAGACUACGAGAAAAUGAAUUUGAUCCAAGAGGACAAAGGCAGUCCACCUUUCUAGAUGACAUGGCUCAUUACAACUUGGCCCUCAGUGUUGCUUUGCUGUGGCUAAAUGACUCAGACACUCAGCCUCAGCAUACGUCAGAGGAAAUGAAUUUGGCAACUUGCAGCAGAUACAUGUAUCCCAACCGAUCUGAGAGAGAAGCUAUGAUAUUAUCUUCAUAUGCUGGAAUAUUAAUGAACAGCAUUCCUGUUGAAGAUGUCUUUGAGAUUUACAGCAUGAGGCACUCAGCAACACGCUGGCAGAGCUCUGCAAAAGACCACUGGAUUCACCCUUUCAACCUUUCCCUGCACCCAUUUGCCAUGCUGACUGCCCCCAGAGCUGCAGAGCACACCUGGAAGCACAGCAUCAAGUACCAGAGAGGAGCAGCAAAUCAAAAGACCAACUCUGGUUCAACAAGGACAGCUAAAAAGGAUGGGAAGCAACUUGACUCACUGACCAGAAGAAAGCAGCAGGAUGACAAAGGAGCUACAGAAGGAAAACAAGGAACCUCUCCAGAAAAGCCUGGAACAAAUCUGAAAGGAGAGAAGGCAAAGAAAGCUAAGGCAUAA